AUGCAGCUGCGCGACAACAUGGAGCGCAUGGAGCAGGUGCAGAUCCUCCGCCACUACUACGACAUGCAGAAGCGACAGGAGAUCGCCGGCCAGGCGCUGGAGGUCAUUCCCGGCAUCGUCAACAGCAUCAAGAACUGCCAGGCGGGCCUGCUCAUGAGCCUCGACACCAUCCACAAGGUGCUCCACAAGCGAACGGUGCUGGACAUUAUCAAGAACAUCGACCGACGAAGCCUUCCCGGCCCUAAUAAGCCCUACGAACGCGAGCUGGUCGGCUCCAUCGUGAUGACGCUCUACAACAACCGCACCUACCGCAUCUGCGGCGUCGACCGCGACAAGACCCCCCUGCACGCCUUCAACCGCGGCAGCAACACCAACCCCGCCGACCAGACCUCCCUGGUCGAUUACUACCAGAACACCUACAACAUCACCAUUGCCGAUCUCCGCCAGCCGCUGCUCAUCGCCACGCCGUCCAACUUUGAGCGCAAGCAAAAGUCGAAGCGCCUGUUUAUGGUUCCCGAGCUGUGCUACAUCACCGGCCUGACGCCCAACAUGCAGUCGGACUACAAUCUGAAGCGGGUGCUAGUGCAGAGUACGCAGCUGUCGCCGGAGGCUCGCGUCCGCCGCUACAAUGACUUCCUCACGCGGCUGAACACCAGCGCCCCGGUCAGGGACUCCCUCGCCGGCUGGGGCAUGGCCUACGGCGGCGANGGCCGCGGCCGGGGCGGCUCUGGCUCCUCCUCUUCCAAUGAGGUGCCCUUCGCACAGCAGUCGGCGGACUUUACCCGGGAGAUCAAGGGCCGGACGAUGUACCGCAGCUGCACACUGACCAAGUGGCAUGUGGUCUUCAAUGGCGACCGCAGCCAGAACAGCAUGAACUCCGGCGGGGCGGAUGCGGUCAAUCACUUUCUGAGAGUUCACGCAGCCCAACUGGCUCAGGAGUUGGGCAUGCGCUACGCCCCGCCCGCGUUGAUGCCCACCGAGGACGAGUCGGCGAUGAGCUUCCUCAGCGUCAUUCGCAGCAUCGGCGAGGACUCGCAGCUGAUCUUGGUGGUGCUGCCCACCAAUCGCAAGAACACUUACGACGACGUGAAGCGGCACCUGUGCUGCACGGAGGGCGUCCCCUCGCAGUGCGUCCUCGCGAAGACGCUCUUCAAGCGGAACAUGUCCAUCAGCAGCAAGAUCAUGAUUCAGAUUGCCUGCAAGGUGGGCGCAGAGCCCUGGGUGCUCAACACGGACGCGCUGCCCACAGGUCUGAUGAUCAUCGGCAUCGACGUUUGUCGCGACAAGACGAAGCGCAAAAAGUCCGUCGACGGCUUUGUCGCCUCGCUCAACCGGUCCUUCUCCUCCUGGUUCAACAAGAUCAGCUACCACCAGAAUGUGGACGACACCAGUGACCACCUGAACAUCAAUCUCGGAGCCGCCCUGCGAGCGUACAAGAAGCGCAACGAAGGCAAGGCUCCGGACAAGAUACUGGUGUUGCGAGACGGCAUCAGCGAGGGUCAGUACCGGAACGUCCUGGAGACGGAGCUGCAGCAGCUGAAGGUCCGCGCCAGACAGGAGAACCCGGCGACAAAGCUGACGAUGAUCUGCAUCAGCAAGCGCAUCAACACGCGCUUCUUCGACGUCAGCCGCGGCGGCGACCGCCCGGCGAACCCCGUCUCCGGCACGGUGGUGGACAACAGCAUCGUCUCGGCGAACAUUCCCCAGUUCUUCCUCGUCUCGCAGCUGACCAAUCAGGGCACCGUCUCGCCCACCUCCUACGACGUCAUCUACGACGACAUGGGCUGGCCACUGGUCGAGUACCAGCGGCUGAUGUACAAGCUCUGCCACCUCUACUACAACUGGACCGGCCUCGUCUCGGUGCCCUCGCCCAUUCAGUACGCCCACAAGCUGGCGUACCUCGCCGCCGGCAGCUUUGGCGAGAGCAACUUUCGCGAAGACAAGCUUUCGGAGCAGCUUUUCUACUUGUAG